AUGGCGGCGGCCGUGGACGAGAGCACCCUGCCCUCCAUCUCCACUUUCGCCAGCCUGCUGCCGCUGGAGGAGCGCCCGGCCGAUAUGCUCCACAGGAUGCUGCAGCAGGACGGCCCCGCCGCCGUCAAGCGGGAGGAGGACGACUUGGGGAAGUUCGUGGAUUUGGAUUUCAUCCUGGCGCACACCAGCAGCGGCGGGCAGGGACCGCCCGGCCCCAACUACCCCCUGCCCGAGACCCCGGAGAGCUGCGGCACCACGUACGACAGCGACGGCUCCUACCCGGCUCCGGGCAAGUUCCCGGCUCCUUACCCCGAGGGCCAGGGCCACAGCUACGUGGCUGAGCUGCUUACCCCGGACCUGCCCGGCCACUGCGACCUGCAGCGGAGGGAGUACACGGAGCUGCGGGUGCCCGGCGGCCCCCACCACCAUCACCACCACCACCACCACCCGCCCCUCCACCCGGCCCUGAGCCGCCCGCUGCCCCUGGACCCCUCGCAGCCCUUCGGGCCCCGCAUCAAGAAGGAGCAGCCCGAGGAGCGAGCCUGCAUGCUGGGGAUGCCCGGUGGCGACUACCUGGGGCCGGGCGGCGGCGAGCACAAGCCCCCCCGCAUGGCGCCGGGCCCGGUGCCGGGGCCACCGCUGCCUUACCCGGGCUUCGCCCACGGCCGUCUGGGCCCCCCCGAGGAGCCUCUGCCCGGCACCGACCCCCACCUCCUGGCCGACCUGCCGCCCCACUACGCCGUGGCCCCGCACCGCUACGCGCCCCACUUCGCCCCCCAGCCGCCGCCGCAGUUUCAUGGACACUUCAGUGUUUUCAGGGAGCCCCUCAAGGGGCCGGGGCCGGGCCCGGGGGGGCUGCCGGGGUUGCUGGUUACACCGCCCAACUCCCCGGUGCUGGAGUAUUUCCCAGCCGGGGCCCCCCCCGAGGACUGCAAGCCCAAGCGUGGCCGCCGCUCCUGGGCGCGCAAGCGGACGGCGACCCACAACUGUGAAUACCCGGGCUGCGGCAAGACCUACACCAAGAGCUCCCACCUCAAGGCGCACAUGCGGACGCACACGGGCGAGAAGCCCUACCACUGCACCUGGGAAGGCUGUGGCUGGAAGUUCGCCCGCUCCGACGAGCUGACCCGCCACUACCGCAAGCACACGGGGCACCGGCCCUUCCAGUGCCACCUCUGCGAGCGGGCUUUCUCCCGCUCCGACCACCUCGCCCUCCACAUGAAGCGGCACAUGUGA